AUGAACGCCUCACGACAAGCAAGCAAAAUGACCAACAUCAACAUCAAAAUCAUCUCAGACCCUGUCUGCCCUUUUUGCUAUCUUGGCAAUGCCCGCCUGAACCGGGCGAUAGACCUGUACAAGAAGACGUACCCGGGUGGCAAGGACGACACCUUCAAUGUCACAUGGCAGGCCUACUACCUCAACCCGACGGCGCCGGCCAAGGGCUUGCCCGUCAACGAGGUUAUGGCGUCGCGGUUCGGCGCCGACCGGCUCGAGAUGAUGCAUGCGCACAUGAAGAAGCUGGGUGUGGCCGAGGGAUUCAACUUCACCUUUGGCGGCAAGACCGGGCACACGCGCGACGCGCACCGAGCGAUCCAGCUGGCCAAGUCCAAGGGCCCCGAGGUCGAGAACGCCGUCAUGACAUCCAUCAUGAAGAGCUACUUUGAGGAGGACGGCGACGUGACGAGCUGGGACAUGAUUGUCGACGCGGCCGCCCGGGGCGGGCUGGAGAGGGACGAGGUGCGCAAGUGGCUCGAGGAGGGCAAGGGCGGGCGCGAGGUUGAUGAGCAGGUCGAGGAUGCCUACCGGAUGGGUGUCCGCGGGGUGCCGCAUUUUGUCAUCAACGACAAGUACGAGGUCGGCGGCGCGCAGGAGGUGGGCGAGUUUCUGAGACAAAUCGUGGCGGCCAAGGAGAAGGGCGGCCAGGGAUCGAGCGGAGGAGAAGGACUGUCAUGCUAA